AUGUCAGUUGCUUUGAUGAUAAAGAAGAAGCUGCUACCCCGUGCCCGUAGAUACACUUUGACCGACUCCAGACCGACUGAUUAUGCAACCACGCUCGGUAUGACCAUAUUGGCCGUCGGAUUGCCUCAUCAUGCGUGUGGUUUCGGGGUGGGUCCGCAACCUGGUCUGCCCUUUGACCCGACUAAC